AUGAAUCUUGAUGCCUUCGUGAAACAUUCCAAGCCUCAGCCUCAGCCAGUCGUGACUUCGCAGGAAAUCCGAGACCGGAGUUCUACUUUCGUGGCCAACAUAUUCAAAUGUACUACUGAGGAAGAGGCGCGCUUGUGCAUUAACCACCUUCGGCGCGUCACUCAUGGCGCAAAGCCUGCUUCUCACGAGAUUUCUGCAUGGCGAUGUAUGGUGCUCAAGAAAGAGCAUACUGGGCUCAUGGGACCUGACGACUUUGAAGUGAGGAGCGGUAGCGAGGACGAUGGGGAAAAGUGGGCUGGAGGGAAGGUCCUGAAUGCCAUGGUCAGCGAGGCUGUCAUGGAUGCUGUCGUCGUUGUCAGCCGCUGGUACGGGGGUACACUGCUGGGACCCGUGCGAUUUGCUCAUAUCGAGACUUGCGCUGUCGAAGCCUGCCGAGCCUUUAAACAAAAGGAGGAACUUGAUGAAUGUGUAUCUACCCUGUCCAGUCUGGAUGAUACCCUAGCCCAGCUCCGUUCAGAACUCGAUUCGCAUUCGCCGGGCGCAGCUGCCAGCAAAGUAAAGGCACCUGUAUAUCCUGUUUGGACCAUGUCCGAUUUGGCAAAGGCUAAAAGACUUGUCAAGGCGCGAGAAAAUGCGAUUAAAUCGGUGACUACCUUGAUUGAACAACGACGGUGA